AUGUAUCCGAUAUCAAUUUACCAAAACACCAGAAGGCCACCAAGGGUAAUUGGCUAGUUCCACACCCUUUGCUUUGGCUCAGUCCGUAUGUUUCUCCUUGGUGUUUUGGGCUUUGCUGUUUAUGGAAAUGAGGCCUUGCAUUUCAGCUGUGACCCAGAUGACAGGGAGGUUAAUCUUUUCUGUUACAACCAGUUCAGCCCUAAAAUUCCUCAGGUAUUCUGGGCAUUACAGCUGGUGAUUGUAAUGGCACCCAGAGCGUUUUUUCACCUUUAUGCCACAUGUAAGAGCAUCAAACAGGAAAACAUCCUCCAGAAGAUGUUUUACACUAUCUUUUAUAUCUUCUCUGUUUAGUUAAGGAUUAUUCUUGAAGUUGUGGCUUUUAGGCUUCAGAUUCAACUUUUUGGUUUUGAAGUGAAUGCAAUAUAUAUGUGUAAUGUGGCAGCACUUGAUAAAACAUUUAACAUUACUUCAUGCAUGGUGCCAGAGGGCAUUGAAAAUACAAUUUUCCUUCCUGCUAUAUACACAUUCACUGUGAUUACAUUGGUCUUGUGUGUUGCUGAAUUUUUUGAGAUCACAUUUAGAAUGCUAUGUUUCAUAAAAAGUCAGUGA